ACAGAUAAUCCCACGCACCACUGUGACUGCGCGAAGAUCGAAAUAAAGACCUAUUCACUACUUAUCUGGUUUCUUCUAUCAAUAGCACGAGGGUUACCUAUAGGCACGAAACUGGUGAGCCCUUUUUGAACACAAAUUAACCUCAUUUUUGUUAUUAAUAUUAUUUUUUUACUCAAUCGUAAAAGUAGACCUGAUUAUCCGUAAACUAUGUUGGGUAUAUAAAUAGUUUAUUUUUUUAUUAUCUUAAGUUAUUCGUGUUAUAGAAACCAUUUUUUCGUGCUAAUUUUAUUGCUAUAUUUGUCACAUACCUCAUGUCAGACUUAAAAGAAACCCAUAAUCUGGAGGAUUUGUCACCAGUGGAGAUGGACACUGUUAUGACUACGAAAUCUCGACUUCCAGAAUUUGAUCGUAGUGAUCCUGAGUUGUGGUUUGCUCAACUUGAGCAUUAUUUCACGAGACACAAUAUCAAAUCUGAAGGGAUUCGCUAUAAAGAUUUGUGUUCUAUCCUUCCUCCUUCAGUCGCCAAAGAAGUCCGUGACUUGAUUUUAGAUCCACCAUCACCACAACCGCACACCAUCUUAAGACGAGAGAUAAUGAACCGUUUAUCGUUAUCAGAUAGUCAAAGAAUCCAAAGACUUUUUCAAGGUGAAACACUAGGUGAUCGGUCGCCGUCACAGUUUCUACGUCACCUCCAAGUCUUAGUGGGUGAUAACACAGUGGAUGAAGCAGUCCUAAAACAAUGA